UCUUAUUUCCUUUCUAGUGUGGAUAUUUUCUGUUUUUUGUCUUUAUCAGAUUACCUUUGUUUGAUUCACCAGGCUCUUUGUGGAUUCAUUCAAUGUCAUGUUAUUCAGGGUUAUGUUCAGCUAUUUCAUCAUGUCUUCAAGAAGCACAUUAUUUCUGAUCAUAUGUAUUCAGAGAAUAUCAUUUGGCUCAAAACAAGGCGCCAAGAACAAAAUUAUACAGCAACUACAUAUUCAAGUUCAGACCAAGAGCAGAGAAUGAAGUAUGCAAAGAGAUACACCAAAAAAGAACCUAAACCUGGCUCAAAAAGAACUGGGAGCAAUCCCAAAGUUAGACCAGAAAAGCCAACUAUCAAAGUUGUGCCUUCCUACCCCAUGUAUAUAAACGGUGAGACAGUGAUGUUACGAUGUUCCUCCACAUCUUGUAAUACUAGUUGCAUGUACACAUUCUAUGAAGGACAAUCCGAGGUUGAAAGAGAAGAAUAUUCAGAUUCCAUAGAAAUUACUGUUAACAAUCAGAGUGGUAAACUUCAGUCCUACACAUGCAUAGCUUGGAAAUUCUCUACUGACUCGCUAUCAAGUGAUGGUAUUUUAUUAACAGUAAAAAAUCCCCCAGAAAAGCCAAUCAUUAUUGCAAACUCCCGCGUGUUUGAUGGUGACACGGUGCAUAUUUAUUGUAAAGUGCCUGACACUUUCACUGCAAAGAGACUCUUUUUCUAUAAAGAAGAUGAAUUAAUAAGCACUUAUCUUGUACAGGAACACAGGAGCAGUUCAUCUUAUAUCUUAACAAUAGCCAAUAUUACCAGUUCAAGUGAAGGAAAUUACACAUGUCAGUAUGAAGCAGACUUAAUAAACCGAACCUGGAAUUCAAUGAAGAGUGAUUCAUUUCUUAUCAGAGUACAAGCAUCUUCACAAAUUCUGAAUAUCAUCAGAAUUUGUAUUGGUAUCUUGGUUCUUCUUAUACUGGCAGUCAUAACAGUGACAGCAAGAAAAACAUAAGAUUUUGCAGAGUAACCAGCUGAUUCAUGCAUCCUGUUUUCACCACUGUGGCUGAGAUCAAGCAAAAGUCAUAAUAAAUGCCCGACAUUUUGGUCUGAAACUCUGAUACCUUCAAAUCUUUUCCUAUAGCUUCUUCAUAAAAGAAGCUUCAUAAGCUGGUGCAAAAAAUCUGAGAUCUCCAGAUGUGUGAGUGUCUUAAAGGGAGCUGUGUAUAUAUAUUA